CUUCCCCGCAAAUUGAGUCCUGACAUUUCUGAGGCCCUGUUGUACAACCCGGACUCACGCAACAAGACUUCACCUGCAGUGAGUGCUGUCCGCGCAGUCGAAUACCCCGCCGAAUUCCUCAGCCAUGGCCCAGACCUUUACCCGUGCCGAGGUUGCACAGCACAACACCGAAGACUCGGUCUGGUGCAUCAUCGAUCACCGUGUCUACGACCUCACCGACUUCCUCGAUGCUCACCCCGGUGGCAGUGUGGUCCUCAACCAGAUCGCCGGUCAAGAUGCCACCACGGACUUCUAUAACCUCCAUCGCCAGGAGGUGCUGGACCGGUACAGCCGUCUGUGCAUCGGCACGGUAGCGGGGGAAAGCCCCGAAGUCGUGACCCCCGAGCCGGGCAGUCUGAGCCAGGUCCCCUACGCCGAGCCUCUGUGGCUGCGGCCCGCAUUCAAGAGUCCCUACUACAAUGACAGCCAUCGGCGACUACAGAAGGCGCUACGCGAGUUCACGGACCGAUACGUCACCCCGGAAGCACAGGAGAAGGAGAGGGACGGCACCUAUAUCAGUCAGGAGUUGAUCGAUCGCAUGGCGGAGACCAAUAUUCUGGCGAUGCGGCUGGGGCCGGGUAAGCAUUUGCAUGGACGGAAGCUGCUGGGGGGCGUCGUUGAUGGGAAGGAAUUCGACUAUCUGCAUGACUUGGUCGUCUCGCAGGAGUUGGUGAGGGCCAAUGCUCGAGGCUUUCAGGACGGAAACAUGGCAGGCAUGGCCAUCAGUCUAACCGCCGUUCAGCAAUGGUUGCGCAACGAACCUCUUCGCCAGCAGAUCACAGAUGAAGUCCUGUCUGGCAAAAAGAAGAUGUGUCUUGCCAUCACGGAAGCCUUUGCGGGCAGCGAUGUUGCUGGUCUACGCACCACGGCUCAGAAGACCCCAGAUGGGAAGUACUACAUUGUGAAUGGAACCAAAAAAUGGAUCACGAACGGCAUGUUCUCCGACUACUUCGUCACCGGCUGUCGGACAGAGAAAGGCUUCUCGGUGCUACUGAUCCCUCGUGGGGAGGGUGUCGAGACGAAGCAGAUCAAGACCUCCUAUUCCACCGCUGCCGCAACGGCGUUCGUGCAGUUCGAGGAUGUCAAGGUGCCGGUCGAGAAUCUCCUUGGUGAAGAGCACAAGGGCUUCAUCGUGAUCAUGAGCAAUUUCAAUCACGAGCGUUUCAUGAUGGCCAGCAGCGUCAUUCGCAUGUGUGCGACCAUUGUCGAGGAGUGUCUGAAAUGGUGCAACCAGCGCAUCGUCUUCGGUAAGAAGCUGAUUGAGCAGCCAGUAAUGCGGCAAAAGCUCGCUCGGAUGAUCUCUCUCUGCGAAUCCAACCAAGCUUGGCUCGAAUCCAUCGCGUACCAAAUGUGCAACAUGAGCUAUGCAGAGCAAUCCGCUCAUCUGGGCGGUCCCAUCGGCUUGCUCAAAUCCCACGCCACACGCUCAGCUCAGGAGAUCGCCGAACAAGCUACCAACAUCUUCGGAGGCCGCGGUCUAACGCAGACGGGAAUGGGCAGGGUGAUUGAGAUGUUCCACCGGACGUACAAGUUCGAUGCCAUUCUGGGUGGCACGGAGGAGAUUUUGGCUGAUCUUGGUGUGCGCCAAGCGAUGAAGAAGUUCCCCAAGGCCAUGCUAUAGUCUAGUCCUUGAUUGCAACAAUUAUAAUUGAAUGCAGG